UUUGCAUGGAGCACCAAGAUGUCAUGGUCUGUGUCCACACGAAUGCCUUAUGUUGUUGAAGUUUGCGAAGAAACAUUUGUGAAGCUGAAUGACCUUUUAGCUCGCGUUGGAGAAGGUCUUGCAGACGAUCGCAUUCCAUCACAGGAGCAAGAGUGCAUGGUUGUUGCUGGGUUGAACUUGCUCAGAUUGCAGUUACAUUCAGCAGUACAGAAUCACACAGAUGUGGAAAGUAUAGGACUUCGGGUGGGUUCUUUUCUCCUAGGAAGCUUGAAGCAACGAGUUGUCAAUCUUGCAAGCAGUUCUGGAGUUUUGCCUACAAUUCAGGGAGCUGCCCAAGCAACAUUACAGACAGGCUGGUCUAUUUUGCUGCCAACAGCAGAGGAACGGGCCAAAGCGCUGUCUUCUCUCCUUCCUAGCACAGGAUCUGAUAUAUCCAGCAUGAGCUCAGGCCGGCGUUUUAUGAUUGACCUUCUGGUCUCAAGUCUGAUGGCUGAUGGUGGCUUAGAAAUGGCUCUUAAUGCUGCUAUCAAAUUUGAGGUCCAGGAGGCUGAAUGGAGUGAGAAGAACAAAGUCAUACAAAGCAGUACCAUAAGCAGUACUAACAGCAUCGGAGGAUCUAACGUUAGUCCCAGGAAAAAUAUGCGAGACACUCCCUCUGCUCGACGCUCUUGCGACAAUUCCAUGUCAGACGACCAGUCUGCAACGUUACCAUUGCUACAUCUUGUCAGACAGUUGCUGAGAAAUGCAUCUACAAACACUAAUGAGAUUGCAGGCUAUUGCACCAGAACAACAUGUCUAUGAUCUCGUCAGCAGUAUUAGUAGAUAGUCAUCAUGAGCGGAGUGGUGGGCUCACUGGUGCGGUUUCAGGAACUGUUGGAGAACUCUCUCCGUCCAUUCAGCUCCUCCUUAGAUUUCAGAGACUGCUUGUCAGCCAUCUUUUCCCAGUGGAGUGCAGUGUUUCUCCUAAACAUGCCUUACAAGAAAGUGAAGUUGAGGGAGCUGGCUGGCUUUUAAGGAAAUACCUUUCUCUUCUUGUGGGCCAUGUCUCAGAUACACUUUCAAUUGCUACCUCAUUAGCCACUAUAAACACUCGUUCUCACUGCUCUCACUUGUGCUAUUCUCCAGAGAGACAUUACAGGCCUACUGCUCAGCGAGUUAUUUGUUUCAUUACUGGUUGUUUCUGUUCACAAUUCAAAUGUUGUUUUGUCUUGCGAUCUCAUAUCACCUUUGUUGAGCCUUCUCGAACCAUUGGAUCGUUUCAAUCAACUGUCUCCUGGUGCUGAUAGGGAAGAUACAGAGGAUAUGGCUUGGCCAGGAA